AUGGAUAAGCAAGAGUUGCUGGUUGGCUGCCAUGCCCUAAUCCCUGGGGUCGGCACUUCAUACGGAUACGUUCCAACCCUUGGAGCCGGCAUUGCUUACCUCGUCCUCUUCGGUCUCUCGAUGAUAUUACACAUCAUCCAAAUGUGCUGGAAGCGGACCUGGUGGACCAGUGUUUUCGCUGUUGGAUGUCUCGUGGAAGUUAUUGGAUGGGCUGGCCGAACCUGGUCAUCAGAAUGCCCGUAUAACUCAACGGCCUUCCUAAUGCAGAUUUCUACCCUGAUCAUUGCGCCCACCUUCUUCACAGCAGGAAUCUAUGUCCUCCUGGGUCAGUUCAUCCAAUUGUUGGGCCGUGAAUCAUCCAUCCUGAAACCAAGUCUGUACCUCUGGAUUUUCGUCACCUGCGAUAUCGUCUCGCUAGUCAUUCAGGCAAUCGGCGGUGGAUUGGCAUCCGGAGAAGCCACCAAAAUCGGCGGCAACACCGCCCCCGGCACACACAUCAUGGUCGCGGGAAUCGUUUUCCAACUCUUCUCCGUUACCAUCUUUGUCCUCUGUGCCGCCGAUUUCAUUCGUCGGUCGUUGCGCCAUAGGCUUCUUCAACAACUGACCGGAUCAGUUGUGCCUUUGCUCGGCGCCAUGAUCCUCUCCGUGAUAUGCAUCUAUAUUCGGAGUAUCUACCGUACCAUCGAGUUAUCGCAGGGCUGGUCCGGAUACUUGAUCACUCACGAGAGCUACUUCAUCGCUUUGGAUGGAGCCAUGAUGACGGUUGCUGUGGCGGUCUUCAAUGUUGUCCAUCCUGGUUGGCUUCUGCCUGGCCACAACAAGGCUAAUACGUUGAAGUCUGAGGUUUCUGGAGACAAGCUUGAGAUGACCCGCGCUUCAGAGUCUUGA